AAGCAGAGCAAAUGUGCAAAAAAAUUUGUAGCCGUCAGUGUUAAGAGAAGCAUUGGCCCCAGCGGACCGGAUAGUGCUGCUUUCAAUCGCGAGUGAGAUAUAGAUAAGUAGCUUGAGAAGAAUGGGUUGGUGGGGCAAGAAGAGGGACGAUCCGGAAACGGACCGCUCCAGCGGAUCAACUAACAGCCAGGCUCUGGUGCUGCAGGAUCCGCGCACGCGUGUGAAGACCACCAGCGCCGCCACAGCGACCACCAACACGGCGGUGCAGAACUCGACGAUAACGGACAGAAACAAGAAAACUAUCACCUUCAUGUCCACCCGUCAGACGGUGACGCAUACGCAGAGAGCGCUUAUAACGGAAACCACGACGCGGCGCACGCCGAGCCAGGCCGAGCUGGAGCAGCUCUUCGCGCAGAUGAGAAUGGGAGGCGAUGGCGCAACGACGACCACCACCACGACAACUACGCGCGGCCGACCACCUAGUCUGAACGGCGUGGCCCUGCGCUCCACGCCGUCCUUCAAGGCCACUACAAACAACAAGCGCUCCAGCACUGUGCUCAAGACGGAACACACAACGGUGACGAAGAAAAACGGACGCAACGUCACCCAGCACCUGGAGACACAGCGUGUAGAUCUCAAGACCAAGGGAAAGCCCUCUUGGCCGCCAUCAUUUUUUUCAUCGACAAGCUCCGGCGGCACAUCCGAGCCCUACGUCUCACCCUACGCUCAGAAGCCAAGUCUUGCCAUUACUUACGUGUCGCCUUAUGCCAAAACCACCACAAGUCCAACCUCAACCUCAAGUGCCAGCUCCGUGGCUAGUGCUCCAAGUUUUGGAACUUUCAAGCCGGCUGCCAAGCCCCUGUUCUCCACAGCUGUGCCCAGACCCUCCACAGGGGCCAUACCCAAGACAAGCGUAGACACCCGAGACGCUCAGGGGGUCGUGAAGCCAAAGUUGUACGCUGGAGUUGGCACAACCAAGCCAAUCGGGGCCAAGACCAAGCUGAAGCCCGCCCGAGUCUACAUCUUCAAUAACGAAAAGUUCGACAGCAAGAACGAGUUCCGUUCUGGCAGUGCCCAAGAUGUCAAGGUUCUGCGCACCACCUUCGAGCAGCUCAAGUGCAAGGUGGAGGUCAUCAAAGACGCCACACUGGCCACCGUCAAGGGAACCGUGAGGAUGCUGGAGACAAAAGACUUCGAGGAUAAGAGUGCCCUAGUCCUGGUGUUCCUAAGCCAUGGAACGCGUCACGACAGGCUUGCUGCCAAGGAUCUCGAUUACUCGCUGGACGACGAUGUCCUCUUCCCGAUAUUGCGUAACCGCACGCUGAAGGACAAACCCAAAAUGUUGUUUGUCCAGGCCUGCAAGGGCGCCAAUGAACGCGGUGGCUUCAUGACAGAUAGCGCCCAACCGAACGGAUCCCCCAACGAGAUUCUCAAGUGCUACAGCACCUACGAGGGCUAUGUUUCCUAUCGCACUGAGGAUGGCACUCCCUUCAUCCAGACCCUCUGCGAGGCUCUGAACAGAUCGGGAAAGACAACCGACAUCGACGGAAUAAUGAUGAGUGUGCGAAGCGUGGUGAAAAUGCAAACAAAGUGA